AUGCGUCCUGAUCUUGAUGAUACAACAAUGGGAAGACAAGUAGUGCACCCUGGGAGCAAAAGGAGAUGCUCGAGCCGAGGCAAGUCUUCUAAGUGGUCUCAGCUCCCAACCGACCUCAUAGAGUUAGUCUUGAAGAAGCUUCCUACAAUCAUGGACAUCAUGCGCAUCAAAGCUGUUUGUUCUCCUUGGAGGUCCACUGCGAAAUCAUAUACCUCUUCCCCAUAUCACAGCCCGCCUCAGAAUCCAUGCAUAAUGUUUCUAAUGAAAGUUAAAGAUGACGAGAUAUGGCACCGCAGAUACCGCUCAUGUGUUUAUGAUCCUAUAGGAAACACGGUUUACCAACUCAGGACCGUGUUCAGUUGUUUUCCUUUUUCACGCUGCAUGGGUUCAUCAUAUGGGUGGCUGCUCUUUUUUAACGAAUCAAGCUGUAUUGUAGGUCUCUAUAAUCCGAUUUCAAGAGCUCGGUUCCGACUCCCAUUUUUUCGUGAACUCUCAAGAAUUCGAUAUUGUAGUAGUCCUCUUAAAGCUAUUGUUUCCUUUGAUCCGUCUAGCAACAAGAACUUCGUUGUGGCUCUUGUAGUUGGAGGAGACAUUCUAUUCUAUAAGCAUAAUGUAAAAGCAUGGACUGAGUUGGAAAAUAGCUAUCGCUUUACGGAAAUUAUGUUUCAUAAUGACCAUCUCUAUUCACUAACCUCAAAGGGAUCGUCUCUUGCUGUUUGGGACUGCAGGAAAUGGCCUCCAGUUACAUCCAUGCGUUUUAAAGGUUCUAUUCCUGAGGGAAAAAUUCAUCGUUCUUAUUUGGCGAAGUCCAUAACGGGUGAGGUUUUGCGAGUGGUGAAACUCGAUGACAACAAGAAACCCAGGGUUUUGGUGCAAAAGCUAGAUACAAGUCAUGUAAGGUGGGAGACAGUGGAAACUCUAAGUGACCAAGUGUUGUUUGUGAUACAAAAAAAAGCGAUUUCAUUGCUUAGGUUAGAUAUCUCAGGGUGCGAAGAAUACUCAGUUUAUGACUUCCCGAUCAUCGACCAUGCCAGUUGUGAUGUUAGAAGUGGAUAUUAUCCUAGUCUGAAACCCUUUUGGUUUAUUCCUACAUGUUGA